UUUAAUAAAAUCUCUAAUUGUGCCUGACUCACCUCCUAAAAUAGAAGAAUCAAUAAGGAGUUGCCUUAGCCUGUACAUUUAAAUGAUCCAGUGAACUGUGAACAUUUCUCUGUCAAAUGACUUGACCUAAAUUUGCAAUGAGUUCUACUUGUGUCGUUUGCAAUAAGCCGAUAACAGGCCAGGUCUUGAGCGCUCUCGGGAAGACGUACCAUCCGGAGCAUUUCGUGUGUGCGAAAUGCAAGGGGCCGAUUAAAGACAAUAAGUUCCAACAGCACGAAGGUCAGCCGUACUGCGAUGAAGAUUAUGCGAUAAUGUUUCUUAAGAAAUGUUUCGCUUGCAAACAGCCCAUUCGAAACAAAAUAAUACAUGCCCUGGGUGCGGACUGGCACGAGGAGCAUUUCGUGUGCACCGUUUGCCAGACAAGUCUGUGCGGCACCAGUUUUAUGGAGAAGAACGGGCAUCCCUAUUGCAAGAAGGAUUUCUAUGAGAAAUUCGGCGAAAAGUGCGCGCAGUGUGGACAACCGCUGAUGGAUCAGGCGGUAGUCGCACUCGAUAAAAAGUGGCAUCAGGAAUGCUUCGUGUGCCAGAAGUGCAAGCAGCCAAUUGACGAGGACUCGUUUAGUGUACAAGCUGGAAAACCGAUAUGCUCGAAAUGUACUUAGAACAUUUACUGUUCGAUCAUGCUUUGGCUUUACUGUAUCCUGCUGUAUGGUGCUUUUAGUUUAUUAGUUUAUAUAAAUUAUCACGUUGCA